AUGGUUGCCCAGGAUCAUGCAGAGCGUCUCCGGGUCAAACUUGGUUUUGAUGGUGUGUUUAAAGUUGAUAGUGUUGGAACGAAAGGCGGAUUGGCAUUACUAUGGAGAACGAAUGGUACGGCAAGCCUGUUGAGCUACUCUAAAAAUCAUGUGGAUAUUGAGGUAACGAUGCCGGGAUUUAAUAAGUGGAGGAUGACAGGGUAUUAUGGUUAUGCGCAAAGGGAGAGAUGGAAUGACUCUUGGGAAUUCAUCAGAUCCUUAUCACAUCGCUCUGAGUUGCCAUGGGUUAUUAUAGGGGAUUUUAAUGAUCUCUUAUAUCAGUAUGAGAAGCGGGGGGGAAAUCCCCACCCAGAGGCACUGUUACGAGGCUUCGGGGAAACUAUUGAUGAAUGUGGCCUGGCUCAAUUACCCAUGCAGGGGUACCCGUUUACCUGGGAAAGAGGGGAAGGGACUGUAGACUGGAUUGAAGAAAGAUUGGAUAAGGUGCUGGUCACACAGGAAUGGCGAGAUAUGGUGGUGGGAGAAAAGGGUCCCGUUUUGAGAUGGCCUGGCUCCAUGAUGAAGGCUGUAGAGGAGUGGUUGAGACGGCAUGGACGGAAGGAAGGGACAGAGGUUUACAAGCCUGUAUCGAGUUAUGCGGCCCAGUUAGAGGCUCAGGAGGAUGCUUUUUGGAGACAGAGGGCGAAGCAACACUGGCUGAAGGGGGCAGAUGCGAAUACAAAAUAUUAUCACAGGUAUGCCUCGAAAAACACAAUUUCUAAAAUUAUGAAUGAUGAUGGGGAUUGGGUGGAAGGAGAUGCCAUGAGAACAACUAUUUUUGAUUAUUAUCGGAAUAUUUUCUCGUCAAAUCCAUCUCAAAUAGAUGAAAGUUUUUAUGCCAAUGUCUUGCCCCGGGUGACACACACACAGAACGAAGCAUUACUACGCCCCUUUGAAAAAGAUGAGGUGAGAACGGCCCUGUUUGCUAUGUUCCCGGAUAAGGCACCUGGCCCGGAUGGAAUGAAUUCGGGCUUUUAUCAGCAGUUCUGGGAUGUGGUGGGAGGUGAUGUAUCGGAUUUUAUUGUGAAUUGUUUGAAUACACGGACUUUCCCAACCAAUUUAAAUGAUACUGAUGUGGUUCUAAUACCAAAGAAGAAAAAUCCAGAACGGGUCUCGGACCUCAGACCUAUAGCGCUAAGCAAUGUGAUUUAUAGGGUCAUGGCGAAGAUGAUUUCAGCCAGGAUGAAGCCACUCAUGGAUGAUAUUAUUUCUGAUACACAAAGUGCAUUCAUACCUGACAGAUUGAUUACAGAUAAUAUUUUGAUUGCUGCAGAGGUUGGACACUUUUUGAAUAGAAAACAAUGUGGAAGAAUGGGAUGGGGUGCUUUAAAGCUGGAUAUGGCAAAAGCGUAUGACCGAAUGGAAUGGCCCUUCCUGCGAAGUAUGUUAACAGCUUUGGGAUUUAAUAAUAUAUGGGUGGAUCUUAUCAUGUUGUGUGUGACUACUGUGUCUUAUAAUAUUAAACUGAAUGGAAUCCGAGGAUCGCCGAUUGUCCCGUCUCGCGGACUCAGGCAAGGAGACCCGUUAUCACCAUAUCUAUUUAUUAUCUGUGCGGAGGGACUCUCUUUGUUAUUACAGCAGGCACAGGAAGCAAAUGCGGUUAAGCAGUGUUUGACACGGUAUGAAAAUUUAUCUGGCCAAGUGGUAAAUUACCAUAAAUCCAGCAUAUGCUACAGUAAGAAUACACAAGAUGAUGAUAGGGAUGCAGUGGCACAGAUACUUGGGGUUGCUCAAGCACCAAAUUUUGGGAAAUAUUUGGGCCUCCCCUCAUUUAUUGGAAGGAAUAAGAAGGCAGCUUUUUCGUAUAUUGAAGACAAGAUAAGGCAGAGAAUCCUUUCUUGGAAUAAGAAGUUACUAUCGCAAGCUGGUAAGGAAGUCUUAUUGAAAAGUGUGGCUCAGGCAAUGCCCACUUUCUCAAUGAGUGUCUUUUUACUACCUAUGGGAAUUUGCACAGCUAUUGAGCGAGUCAUGAACCGAUAUUGGUGGGGGUCUGGGAAUGAACGUGGAAUUCAUUGGAAGGCUUGGGACAAGAUGUGCAUACCAAAAAAGUAUGGUGGCCUAGGGUUCAAAGAACUGCAUGCAUUUAAUAUAGCAAUGCUGGGAAAACAGGCGUGGCGGUUUUUAACGAAACCUGACUCAUUGGUCUCACGAGUUUACAAAGCGAGAUAUUAUCCAAAAGGGACCUUUUAUGAUGCCAAGAUAGGAAAUAACCCCAGUUUCUGUUGGCGCAGUAUAAUGGCAGCUCAGAGCAUGGUUUGUGGUGGAAUCAGGCGCAGAAUUGGAAAUGGAAAAACAACCCUAAUCUGGGAUCACCCAUGGAUGCAUGAUGAACAUGACCCAAUGAUUCAUACUGAUAAGCCACCAUAUUUGAAUAAUGCAGCAGUGGUGGGAUUAAUUGAUCAUGAGACACACACCUGGGAUCCGGAUAUAUUGACAGAUAUUUUUAAUCCUGCAGAUGUGGCUAGAAUAAAAAAGAUCCCAGUAUCACCAGAUUAUGAGGAUAUGUGGUAUUGGUAUGAUGAUCAGGGAGACACUAACCAAAUUGUUCACGCAGCUGCAAUUUUAUACCAUAUUUGGAGAGCCAGGAACGGAGCGGUAUGGGAUGCCUGUCUACCGCGACCACGAAAAGUGCUAGCCUUGGCCAAAGCCACCAUACUUGCAUGGCAGCGGGUCCACCACACCCAUCACCAAGUGAACCACCAGGCUGUCGUGCAAUGCCAUAUUACCGCCACUGCCGCGGCACAGCAACAGCGGCAACACGACACUGCCGGCGCACAGGUAACGCCCGAGGAGGCUGCCCACGAGGUGUUGCGGAUGGAAACUACCGAGCCAGUACGCAAAUGUUACAUCGAUGCCGGUUUUAUGCCUGCUUCAGGAAAGGCUACGGUUGGCGCGAUUUUACUCAACGAGGAAGGGGAAUAUGUAUCGGCUUUCAGUGCACCAUUAUCAAAUUGUCUCUCACCGCUUAUGGCUGAGACAAUAGCAUGCAAGGAAGCCUUGUCUUGGCUAUGGAAUCGUGGAGAACGUUCAGUAUGCUUACUUACAGAUUGUUUGACCCUACAACAAUAUUUGACAAGUCAAGUUGUCACGAUACGGACUUACGUAGGCUAUGCCAUUGAUGCUUGUAGAGCACGCAUUACUUCUUUUGAUUACUGCUCAGUUAAUUUUAUUCAUAGAUCAGAGAACUAUUUAGCACAUAGAUUAGCAUCUUCUGCAUUUAAUUCUCCUACAGCUAUGUAUUCGGACGAUGUCCCUCCAGACUCUAUUUCUGAGUACUUUUAA